AUGCUUGCUGCUCCUCCGCAGGCCCUAGCAGCAUCCGGAUCGGCAUCAGCUCCUGUGAUCGUGGAACUCCCCUCCGAGCCUGUGGUUAGUCAGUCGCAGGCGCAGGCGUCGCAGGCGACUCAGGCGACGGGUCGUGCGACAGGCCAGCAGUCGCAGCAGCCGCUGCCGUCGUCGCCUGCUGUCGCGCAGGUGCAGUCGUCAGGGCCGUCGCAUCAGGCGUCGCAGCUAUCGCAGGAGCAGCUGCUGGCGAUGGAGAUUCAGCAGAGCGAGGAGCAGCUGCGACUGCUGCGACAGAAGCGACAGCAGAUCCACGAGGAGGCGAUGGGGGUGGAUUCGCAGAGCCUGCAACAGCAGCAGGAAGAGCAGCAGGUGCUAAACCAGCAGCAGAUGCUACGACAGCAGCAGCAGCAGCAGCAGCAGCAGUCGUCACAGCAAACACAGCUGCAGCAGCAAAUGCAGCAACUGCAGCAGCAGAUGGAAGGGCAGCUGCUGUCUGCACAAACCGCUCCUGCUGCGACUAGCACAGGCGGAGGCACGGGAGCCGCACCUGCUCUCAGCCAGCCUCUAGCCCAAUCGUUGCCACCCUUCCAGCAUCAGCAGCAGGGGAAUCUGCAGACCCUGCAGCCGCCCCUUCCCUCGCAUCCCUCCCUCGCCUCUCUUCCUGCCGUCCAGUCCACGGCUCCCACCUCCUCCAGUGGCCUGCCUUCUAUCCCUGGGGGAUUCUCCCAGGGACCUUCCUCGAGUUCUCAACCACAGGCCUCGAUGCAAUCACAAUCGGUACAAGGGCAGAGUAUGCAGGGAAGUAUGCUUGGACAGGGAAUGCUGGGUCAGGGGUUGCAGGGACAGGGCAUGCAGGGGCAGGGGUUGCAGGGGCAGCAGCAGCAGCAGCAGCAGCAGCAGCAGCAGCAGCAGCAGCAGCAGCAGCCUGUGGCACAGCAACCCACGGUAACCGGAGGGCAGGCGCUGACGGGUUCAGGUGUAGCAGAGGCACCGCCGCCACCACCAUCAGCCGUUGGCGGGGGUUCCGUCCCUGCGUCUCCUGCAGUGCGCACAGCCUCGGGAGGAGGUUCGGUGCAGCGUGCCGGGCCUAGCUCGCUGCUUCGGCAAGGGUCCGGGGUGGGAGGUGCUCCCCAGCUAGUGCAGUCCGUGCCUUCGUCUCCUCAGGUGGGAUUCGAAGUAGCUUCUAGCGCGGAUAGCUUUCCCACCCAGCAGGGUCAGCUAAGUCAACAGGUGCAGGGGCAGGGACAGGGACAAGGGCAGGGGGGUCGGAUGCCGAGGGUGGGUAGCUGGAAUGACCUGUCACAGCAGAAUGCGGCAGCAGGAGCUGGGGGAUUGGCAGGAGGGCCGGGAGUGGUAGACGUGAGCCAACCCACGCCCAUGGACGUUUUCCCGCCUGUAGCACCAGCUGUAGCACCUGCUGUAGCAGCGGCUAUAGCAGCUGCUGUAUCAACUCCUUCACCAGACGAAGGCCCGCUGCUAGGCGCCAUUCCCCGCCGCAUACUGCCCGCUGUAGCUGCAGCGUCAGGGGACGGCGGGGGGGGCUGCGCCAGUGGCACGGGGUCCUACUCCGCCUGUGAUUUCCGCAGCUCUGUUCCGCCUCAGGUGCUCUCCUCCCCCCACGUGGUACCUUCCGUGCCCAGCUCGCCCCAACGCCCUGCUUCGCUUGCUGCUGGCGCUGCUGCGGCUGCGGCACCGGCUGUAGCAGCUGCUUCAGCUGCAGUAGCCGCGUCAGCAGCAGCCGCAGCAGCAGCUGCAGCUGGUGACAUGGAUAGAUGCAUACUCAUGCCGGGCUCAUCUGCAGGGGUGAUAGUUGGCCUGAGUGGGCUCGAAGGCACGCCUCCUCGUGUGGAAAUGGUAGAGCCGUUGGCGCUGAGGAUGAUUCGAGAGGCGGAACCCGCCCCGUUAGACCUGGAUAACUGUGGCGGGGGUAUGCCGCUGGUGGGGAUGCAGUGUGAGGGACUGCCGGUGGGGAUGCAGCAGCAGCUGCAGCAGGCGCAGGUGCAGAGCCUGCUGAAGCUGCAUAUGCAGGCUGCUGAGUCGAUCGGGCAGGUGCAGAUGGGUGGAGAGAGAGGUGGUGGUGGUGGUAUAGGGAGUCACGAGGAGGAGGACGAGGAGGAAAUGGAUGAGAUGGAUGAUGAGGGCGAUGAGGAGGAGGAGGAGCACCUUCAGCUGCACCAUCAGGGUCAGCUGCCCCAAUCUCACCCGCACCACCGCUCGUACCCGCCGCACCUGCUUCUGCACCCGUCACACCCUGCCCACCCAUACCAGCAGAUGCAGCACCUGCCUCCCAACUUUUCCUAUUUCCACCACCCGAGGAAUGGGGUCACAGGGCAUGCCAUGGGCCUGUCUUCUGUCUCCUCUCUCGCCUCCUCCUCCAUCCCAGCUGGAGUUCCUGCUGCUGCCACUGCGCCCAUCCCCCCCGCACCCAUCCCAACCACUCUCAACCCCAUGCUGCUCCCGCCAUCACUACCAACCCUCGACCCAGCAGUCCUAGCCUCGGUUCUCGACUCGGACGCGCGUCAGAGGCACCUUCCCGAGCCUCCAGACACGGACAUGCAGGCGAUGCUGAAGGCGCUACCUGAGCAGGGGCAGCUGGUGAAGGCUGUUCUAGAGGCAGGCCCGCUGCUCCAGCAGCUCCUGGCAGCAGCGCCUAUCCCCUCUUGGAGACCGCUCCCAUUCGCUCCCACCAGCGCCGCAGCAGCGGCAGCAGCAGCAGCGCUCGGCAUGGGUCCCUCCCCAAUCCCUCUCCCUCACCUGACAGCAGCAGCUGCAGCCGCUGCCGCAGCAGCAGCAUCAGCCCGACCCCCUGCCUUGCCUGUCCCCGUGCCUGGCUCCUUUGGCCCUACCGGUGCUGGUGCUGGUGGUGGUGCUGCGGCAGCAGCAGCAGCGGCGGCGGCAGGGGCGGUGGGAGCAGCAGCACACCCAGCACUGUUUCAAUCGUACGGCCCUCCUAUCCUUGCCAACGGGCAUUUACCCCAAUCGUCCUCGUCAUCGGCUCGAAUGAAAGGGGACAACCCAGGGCUGUUAUGA